AGUUACAAAAUCGCUGCAGCUCUUCCCUCAUCUACUGUCAGCCAUUUGUCUGUAGAAUACACUUAUAACAAAAGAAAGUAACAGAACAAUCCGGAAACCUCUUUAAGGAACUUUUUUUGGAUUAAGUCUUUUCUAAAAGCAUCUAGCUGAGGUUGAGGAAGACGCACAGCACCGCCUUGUAUAAUCUAAACCUAGACACUCUGAGAACCCAACUUCUCCGCCCCUCACCCUACUCUGAACCACCAUGCCGGGAGCCGUGGACCGUAUGGAGCUUAGGAAAGUCCCCACAGAGGCUGAUGAUGACAGCACCGACAGCCUGGACGACCGCUACACAGAGCCCAUCGACUCUGAGAAGGCCACCAUCGACAGUCAGUUUAUGGAUGACAAUGAUGAUGCAGAAAGCCAGAAGUUCCUGUCAAAUGGGAUGAUGAAAAAGAAGAAAUACGAAGAAUAUCAUGAAGAAUAUCAUCCUGGCCACACCUCCUUCGGGAUGUCUGUCUUCAACUUGAGCAACGCCAUUAUGGGCAGCGGUAUCCUGGGCCUGUCAUUUGCCAUGGCAAACACUGGAAUUGUGCUCUUUACGGUCCUCCUUGUCGCUGUGGCCAUCCUCUCCUUAUAUUCUGUACAUCUGCUCCUUGUAACAGCCAAAGAAGGAGGAUCCCUCAUCUAUGAAAAACUGGGAGAGAGAGCAUUCGGGUGGCCUGGGAAAAUGGCAGCAUUCGGAUCCAUAAUCAUGCAGAAUAUUGGAGCCAUGUCCAGCUACCUCUUUAUUGUGAAGUACGAGCUGCCGGAAGUGAUCAGAGCCUUCUUGGGUCUAGAGGAAAACUCUGGUGAAUGGUACAUGAAUGGGAACUACCUGGUGGUGUUUGUGUCGAUCGGAGUCAUUCUGCCUUUGUCUCUCCUUAAAAAUCUAGGCUACCUGGGCUAUACCAGCGGCUUUUCUCUGUCCUGCAUGGUCUUCUUCCUUGGUGUGGUGAUCUACAAGAAGACCCAGCUGCCCUGUCCUCUUCCUUUCUUUUACCACCACUCGUCCAACCUCAGCAUGAACGCCUCGCACAUGCCAGGGUUGUACCCACCACUAAACAGCUCGGCACACAUGGAUUUCUCCCGAGCCGACGUUUCACCUGCAGUGCUCGGCAGCCACGACGCCCAUCACUCAACCGGCGUCCAUGUCGAGCCUCAUCCCGACGAUGAGGAGAUGUGCACGCCCAAAUACUUUGUCUUCAACUCACAGACAGCAUACACUGUGCCCAUCCUGGCCUUCGCCUUUGUUUGCCAUCCUGAGGUCUUGCCCAUCUACAGUGAGCUAAAAGACCGCACCCGGAAAAGGAUGCAGAACGUCUCCAACCUGUCCAUCUGUACUAUGCUCAUCAUGUACAUGCUGUCGGCGCUGUUUGGCUACCUCACCUUUUACGACAACGUGGAGGCAGAGUUGCUCCACACCUUCACCAAGGUGUAUAAGUUUGACACCAUGUUGCUGCUGGUGCGUUUGGCUGUUCUCACUGCCGUCACUCUGACUGUCCCCAUCGUGCUGUUUCCUAUCCGCUCCUCAAUCACCACGCUGCUGUUCAGCGGCCGAGAGUUCAGCUGGACUCGCCACAUGCUGAUUGCCGCCGCAAUCUUGGCCUUUAACAACAUGUUGGUCAUCUUUGUCCCCACCAUCAGGGACAUCUUUGGCUUCAUUGGUUCCUCUGCUGCCACUAUGCUCAUCUUUAUCCUUCCUGCUGCCUUUUACCUCCGUUUGGUAAAAUCUGUCCCAUUUCGCUCCCCGCAGAAGAUUGGGGCGACCAUCUUCCUAGUCGUGGGAAUCGUCUUUAUGAUUGGCAGCUUGUCGCUCAUCGUCCUCGACUGGGUCCACAACCCCUCGGGUUCCAGUGAUGGUCACUAAAGCCCCAGUUCCAAUCUCAGAUUCACAUUUAAGAGUGCAGCGAACCACCUCUACCGCCACCCCGACCACAUCCCACAAUGUCUCUUCUGGUUUGUCUCCACUGGUCCAACAUCUGGGAACAGGGUUCAUCAACAUUUCCCUUCAUCAAAUCACAAACAUUACAACAUAUGGACAUAUUGUGCUGCAUUCGAUGAAGACAUCUUCAGUUUUCCCCCCCAGAGAAUAUCAAUGGAGGGAGACUUUUUUGCUUUUUUUUUCAUUUUUCUUUUUGUUGCUGUAAAGUUCUGGAUGUGACAUGAGAGAAUCAAAACUCGGAGAUGGUGAAACUGUGGCCAAUAUGACAGCCUAAAAUCAUUGUCAUCGUCCUUAUAAUUUCCACCUAUUAAGAGACGGAACAAACUGUGCAGCCCUCACCCAAAGCAGAUCGAUGAACUGCAAUCUACAGGGCUGGAAAGCCGAUGCAAGUCCCUCAGUCCUCUGUGCACUUGAAGGAGACAGUUGGAGGGGGGAGUGUGGCAUCCUCCAUGAAACAAGGAGCACUUCUAGCAUUACAUUUGACUUUGUGUGUAAAGUUAACACGCACACACACACACAUAAUUACACAGUAAACCACAUCUACACCUGUAUUUUCCAACACCUAUUCAUGAAAAAUUUCUGAAAUUAACAGUCGGUUUAACCCCCCAAAAAACCCAUUUAAGUCAAUCAUGUGGAACUUUUGUUGUGAAAAGUUUUUUUUGCUGCUCUGCUACAUUUUAACAAUCACAAGAUUCGCCAAAGUCUACAUGCACAUAAAAGUUUAACUUGAUCACAGGUUCAUGCAUACACUCAAGGGUCCUCCAUACCAGCUUUUUUCAUUCUGGCUGUGUACAACAAAGCAGAGAGAUGCUUUUAGUAUUACCAUGACAGGAAUCUGAACAAUGUACAUAAAGUAUGUCUACUGAAAAAAGAGUGUUGUCCAAAAUAUUAUACUUUGCAUCAUACGGCUCUUUUCUAUUAAGGUUGUAUGAAGCCAAGUGAUCAUUUCUACUGCACAGUAUAUACACCUGCUGGACAGCUUGGUGUAUGCAAAACCAUACAUUGUUAUCUAUAUAGAUGAUGACCAAAAGUAUGUAUGAAAGAUUACUGUACGCAAUUUCAAUCGGCCAAUUUAAAGUGAUUUAAAUUCAACGAAAAGUGGCAAACAUAAAAAAGUUCAUAUAAAUUCUGAAAAAUCUGUAAAUUCAAAAUGCCAUGACGGUAGGAACAUAUUUUCAUCUUGUGCCAUAUUACACUCAUCGGUCCCCAAAGAAAACUAUCUAAACUGUAAUGUCAGAAUGUCAGAUGUCCUUGUUGUGCUAUUCUCCGUAAAAUAAUAGUUUGACAUUUUGGAAAAGUGCUUAUUCACUUUCCUGCCAUAAUUUAGGUGUCUCACUGCUAAAUAUGAAACUAACGUCAUAGCCAGCAGGUGAUUAGCUUGGUAUAAAGACUAGAAAACAGCUAGCUAACUCCCUUUAGAACCACAACAUGAUGGUUUUACAUGUCAGUUUUCAACUAUAUUCAACUAAAGAGAUAUAAUGUUUCAAUUGCUAAUCUUAAGAGGUGCUAGUUGGUGGAUUUUAACUUUCUACCUAGCCAGGCUAGCUGUUUUCCUGUGUUUUCAGUCUGUUUGCUAGGCUAACCAUCAGCAGGAGUUGGAGCUUUAUCUUUAACAUAUAGACAGAAAAUUGUUAUAAAUCUUCAACAAAUUGAAUUUGCUCUUUUUUCUCUAAAACUGUUAAAGUAAGCCACAUAGGAGUUAAGAUUUGGAAGAAGCUGGAAAAUAAACAAUGUCAUAAACAUCAUUAUGCGCUUGUUGUAAAAUAGGAGCUACCUUAAAUAUUGGUGUGACCCAUUUAAAAAGAACAUGACAUGAACUUUUUAAUUUCUCACCAAACCCCUAAAAAUCCUGCCUUUGAACCUAUUAAGUUGAUUAAUACAAAAAUGCUUAACCUUACUGUUGCAGAAAAUUCAGAUAGCGUGUUUGGUUGCUAAAUCCAUAAUUAACAACCAGAUACAGUUUGUAAUAAGAUUAAAUUGUGCCUUUGGAUUGUCCUCAUUAUAAUUGGCCGAUAGUGGUGCCUUUGGUAGAAUCAUUGAUGACAACACCAAAACCUCAUUUCAUCUCUUCUCCGAAGCCGUUACAUGUCACGAAUACAUCCAGCCAAAGUGGACAACAUUUAUAGAUCCUUUGUGGAUCUACAUACAUGAAACAAAUUGAUAUUUCAAAUGAAAUAGUGUAUUAUGUGCAUGUUUUUGGAUAACAAACAUGGUCUUUUUGGACAAUUGUAUAUGCUCUGUAAAUAAUCUUUAUUUUAUGGUACACUGACACUCAUUGUCUGUGAGCGGGUUGUCAGGGGAUUCUGCCUUACAAGUCUUCUGCAAUCCAGUGUUUGGUUUAGUAUAUAUAUAAAUAUUAUAACGUGUAUUAGAUUUUUUUUUUCUUGCUGUAUGACAGUAGUUUUUUUUCUUUAUUACAGGCUUGUAUAUUUGUAGAAAGGUUGGUCUCUAUAUAUCCAUUUUCAUGUUUUAAUGUUAACUUUUCAUAUCAGGAUAAAUUGAUCAAUGGCCUACUUCAUUACAUCGUUUGCCCAGAAAUCUCAGAAACAAGCCAACACGUUUCUGUAGCUUAUUAGCUUCUACUGACCAACACUGGGUUAAAAUUAAAGCCACAAGUAAGCAGUAUUGAUGUUGAAUGUGUUUUCGAAAAAACAGUGCUGUAACACUUAACAGAAGCAAGACAUUAUCAUCCGAAAUAUUUCGUUAUCACACUACAGGAAGGUUCUUACCAUACAAAACACCUUAAUAAUUUGUUAAAAGAGCACACAGCUCUUCUAUUUAUCACACAGCAUGGCACGUAUUAAUGUACCAUAUAGCAAUGCUAACAUAAAGCUGUACUACUAUGCUAACGUGUAGCUGUAAACCUGCGCUAACAUGUAGCUGUACACCUAUGCUAAUGUGUAGCUGCACACCUAUGCUAAUGUGUAGCUGCACACCUAUGCUAAUGUGUAGCUGUACACCUAUGCGAAGUUGUAGCUUUACACCUAUUCUAACGUUUAGUCAUACGCCUAUGCUAACAUGUAGAUUAACAUCUAUGCUAACAUGUAGUUGUAUACCUCUUCCACAGGAUAACAAAAUAAACAAGAACCUUCCUUGUUUGUUCUUAAGCUCUAUCAGGACAAUCAUACACAGUUGUAGUUCAUACCUUACUGUGGCUUAAAAUACAUAUCACUGUUGUCAUAGAAAAAACCUUUUCUAACCCACUUUUGGUGAGGUGUAUUUUCCAUGACGUUACUUGAACUGAAGCUUUCCACGGCCUGAUUAUAUCAGCAAGCUUCAUGACUGUAGGGUCCACGCAGCCCCUUCAGUACCCGCUAUGAAUGUUUAAUAAUAGAUUGUUCUCAGUUUGAAAAUCUGGCCCACCCGCUCUUAAUAUCUUCAUGUAUGUUUGGCUGUUAGUUCAGUAGCCUCCUGCUAUCAGUGGAUUAUUCUGCUGGACAACAGCUUUGUCUCUUCCUCAGGUUGAGUCGCUAAUUUUACAAAGGACAAGAGGCGGCAGAUUUUUAAUAAAAUGUUCCCAACACCACACCUCUACCCACUUUAGUAUCUCAGGUAUUUGGUCUGGACUAAUAUUUCCUCUCACUUUUGGACAACUUCAACUCUCCACCUCUUUUGCAUGAUUGAGCCAAGCUGUAAAAUGCUGUUAUAUAUUGUGCUGGCCUAGAUGAGAAGUCGUCUUGUGGAUCUGUAAGAGCACACAAGUCCCCAGCUAAUUUUGACAGUGUUUAAAAAGGAGUUGUACAGAACCUGCCUUAUUUUUCUAUGGACCUCUAGCCGUGGAGAAGCACUGGCUCAAUGUUUCUGCUGUUCACAGCGUCUCUGCUUCCUGUGGAUCAGGCCAAACAUUUAAAUUUGUAAAUGUACCCAAACAAAGGGGAUUGUUGUUUUGUAUCAGUGAUGCUGUUUCAUUAUGAUGAACAAUAAAAAUGUGAAAUGAAAAA